AUGCACCCUCUCAGCAUGAUCGGCGAGCCCGAGGCCAUGGCCGUCGAAGCCCUCCUCUCCCUCCGCCACGCUCGUACCCCCGCGCCGCCCCAGCCAGUCUACCAUGAAGGAGAGGCCACCGCAGCCCAGUCCCUCCUUGAUCUCCACUACACUGGUGCCCCCAGCCACCAUUCUCAGCCUCCCAGCCACACGCGCGGUACGGCCAGCAGUGAAAUGACGGAAAAUCAUCAUUAUCUCGACAACCGCCACAUGCCAGCAGUCGCCAACGUUCCUUUCCCGAUCAGCGACAUGCUCUAUAUCGGGCCCCGCCCGGUCUACACUCCACCCCAGGCCGCUAUCCACCAGGCCGCUAUCCACCAGGCCGCUAUCCACCAGGCCGCUAUCCACCAGUCGCCUCCCUCAAACAACAUCCGAAACCUUCCGGAGCCCAUACCCGCUCACCGUCCCAUUGUCCCAGCAAUAAGCAGCCCGCCUCGUCCGGCCCAGUUCUACUCCGAGCCCGUCCGAGGCGGCCCUUCCAAGCACCGGUCUGCGUACCAGCCCUCUGCCCAUCCCUUUGGUCCUAGUAUGGUAAAGCGCACCCCGCGCUCUCCACACAUCCGCCUCCCCCCGAUUCAAGGUAUCCUGAAGAACACCAACUCGGGGCCCCUCUCUCCUCUGCGCAGAGUAUCGGGAUCGUCACCCACAGUCCCCAAGGAGCUCUUCUGGUACCCGCCUGGUGGCAGCGAGAACUCCCCUCCCCUGAACGUGCCAUCGACUCGUAUCAUCUCUCCGCGCUUUCCCAACUCUCCGGCCAGGCAGGCCGUCCCUGGUGCGGUCUCUAUCCGCGCUGUGAGCGGCCCGGCCCGUAGUUCCCCUCCUCUCCCUACUUUCUCGAACCCGACCGUCGCCAACAACACCACUUCUCCUACAGGCCCCACGUUCCAGUCGUUUGGUCCACCCGUCACAUUCGCCCCUCCUGCUCCCAUCUCAGAUGGCAAGCGCAAGACUGUCCUUCAGACAAAAUCCAAGGCUCCCGCUACGCGGGCCAAAUCAGCCUCUUCGAACACCUGGCCUUCGCGUGGCAACCUCAAGCGGAUUGGAUCCGCUGUUCUCAACAGAGUGAGCAACGUCAACAUCCUCAAGCGCCAGCGCAUUGAAGAGUCCAAGUCGUGCCCCGCACCACCGCAGCUCCCUGAACCUAAGUGGAAGCACGACAACCAGGAGCAGGAGGAGCUUGACCAGAGUACCGAAGAGGACGUCGGCGAGCUGGACUCGGACGAGGACGACACCUUCUCCCCGGAGGGAGACGAAGAGGAGGAGGACGAGCCUCGCGAAGACAAGGGACCCGGGUCCCCUCCGAUGUCGGCAAAGCGCAAGCACCAAAUCCACCUUGCGAAGCGGCGCCAACAGGAGAACGACGCGCACAAGCAGAUCGCCGAAGCCAAGCUGGCGAACUUCAAGGCGGGCAAGCUCUACGCCUACGCCAAGGAGAACCCACUGUACAACCCUGACACCAACAUCGACGAGUGGCUCAUCAAGCACUGGUCGGUCUGGGGCACAAAAGAACUUUCCCACCAGCUUGAGGGCGAGCUCUAUCGCCAAUUCACCGACGAAGAGAAGCGCAUGGUCUGCACACGCCGUAAGAAGGACGGCGACCCUCACCGCGAUCUCCCGAAAGCAGUCCGUGUUAUCUACUUAGCCAAGUACACCGACGUCGCCAACAUCUUCCGCCCCAAAGACCAGGCAUGCCAUCGUUGUGUGACGGGAGGCUACCAGUGCACUCAAACGCGGCUGCCUAAGAAGGUCAGGAAGAGCCAAAACCCCCGUCUUCCCACAUGUGCAGCGUGUGAGUGUUCCAAGGGCGUUUGCUAUAUCGCUCUAGAGGAGGGUGCCACCCGCGAGCCCAAGUUCCACCUGGACUUCCAGGUCUGGCUCGAACGCUUGGACAACCCAAGCGCAUGGCCAAACUUCCCGCCCAUCGACCUGGCCGAGCUGGACCCACCGUUCCCUUUCGACCCGGUGCUGAGGGUGUACAACAAGAGGACCAAGAACAAUUCGGAGCCUCGCUCCUCGAUCAAGCGCGAGGCGGAGGACGACGACGAGUUUGAGGCGGAGCAGCCCGUGGCCAAGCGCGUGUUGCUGGAACCUGAAGUGAACGCCGAGAGCAGUGCCAUGGGCGCUCGUCGUCGUCGGACCUCCAAGCAGCCCUUGGCACAGAUGGUGUCUCUCGAGCCCGAGGUCAAGGUGGAGAGCAGUGCAAUGGGCGCCCUUCGGCGUGCGGCAUCCAAACUCCGCGUCGCUGGCGCCAAAGCCUCCAUAAAGAAGAGCACUCCCAGCACCGCUGCCAAGGCGACGCAGGUCAAGAAGAAGAUGAGCGCUAAGGCGAAGAGCAAGCAGAAAGCCUAA